AUGGAGCUGGGCGAGAAUGGCACGAUUAAAUCACCAGAGAUAUCGCACGAAUUAGCUGAAGAGCAUUGGACAAAGUUGCAGUUUACAUGGAUAUCCAAGUCUUAUAAAGUAGAAAUUGCAGACUCAGACAGACUGUACGACCUCAAGGCAGCCAUAUACUCUCUUACAAAGGUCCCAAACGAGCGCCAAAAGAUCCUUGGUCUUGUCAAAGGAAAGCUACCUCCAGAUGAAGUCAGGAUCUCAGAGCUAACUAUCUUACCAACAAAGAAAUUUACGCUCAUCGGAACUCCCGAGGGAGAUGAAAUUAAAGAUCCAUCCCAGCUUGAAUCGCUACCCGAUGUAGUCAAUGACCUUGAUGUCGAUUUCACUGAAAACAUGGUGGCAAGUAAUCGAUACCAACACGAUACAAGGAAUAUUCGCAAAGUUCAAGAAGCUAUCAGAAAUUUGAACAUAAACAUUAUUCAUCCUCUUCGUCAGGGUAAAAAACUCUUGGUCCUUGAUAUCGAUUACACAAUUCUGGAUACAAAGCCACUGACUUCAGGUAGCCUUCCGCCCGCAGAAUGUGCAAGACCUGGUCUACACGAAUUUUUGGAAGCUAUCUACCCUUAUUAUGAUAUUCUCGACAAGACAUCCAUGUUCACAGUAUUUACUGAGAGAGAUAGUAAACCAUGGACGCACUCAGUCAAGGCAUUGCAAAUCAUUUGGAGUCAUUUCCCUCAAUUCAACGCUACAAACACCAUUCAUGUUGAUGACCUGAGUCGCAACUUUGCAUUGAACCCAAAGGAGGGCCUCAAGAUAUCUGCUUUCAAAAAUGCCCACACUCCACAAGCUUGGGAAGACAGGGAACUCUACAAAUUGGCUCGGUAUAUGGUCUACAUAGCGAAUAUCGACGACUUCACCACUCUUUCGCACAAGAAUUGGAAAAAUGUCGUAAAACGACUACCAGGUCCCUCAUGA